UAUCGUCGCGCUCGACGCGGUACGACCAUAACCUCACGCGGAUCGCUCGUGUCGCCGCUGGUCGCCGCGCGAGCUCGCGUACCUGACUCGAUUUGCGACCCGAGAAAAGGAUAUACUUGCCGGCGAUUGCUCGACAAAACUCGAUCGCGUCGUCCGCGUGAGUCUCAUCGUCGUCGUCGUCGGGUGCGCCUCGGAGGGCCGAGGGCUCGGUCGUCGCGGAAGUAUGCCCGGACGAGAGUCGAGGGCGAGCUGCAUUAGCCGGAACGUAGGUUAAAGCGUUCCGUCGCAGGUGGACUCUUGGAGGAAGAAUAACCGCGGUCGACGCCGACUCGGUUGCGCGAUGGACGUGGAGAAGAUCGCGAUGUUCGCCGGCGUCGGCUUCGCCAUCGCCGUCGGCCUCUUCGUCCUGUGGGGCCCGUCGCCCAAGCCCAGGAAAAAAGGUCAAGUUGUUGGGAUUAACAAUUUGGGAUACACAUGUUUCUUGAAUUCCCUUUUGCAAGCGCUAGCUGCUUGCCCCUGGUUCAUCUUCUGGCUUCAGAGACAGCAAGAGAAGAAGGAUAGAAAUUUUGCCGAAACGCUGCAUUCUGUUCUCAAAAAAAUUAAUGGUUUUGCGGAUGAUCUGUACGGCAAUGUGACACCCGUCGAAAUCAUCUCUUCCGUCGGUUCCUUGUGGAAUUUUGGACCUGGUCACCAAGAUGCUCACGAGCUAUUCCACGUGGUUCUCAGCGCGUUAGAUGCUGAGAUACAACCUGCUAAUAGGAAAGGUUGUUUGUCUGACGCACUGCCACCAAGCCCGAUUAACAAACCAGACGUAAGAGGAACGGGCGAUACUCUGAAUCUCAGAAGCGCCUCUUGCAAUGACAUCGCGUCAGUGGAGAAUAAUUCCGAUAAUCCGAAGGGCUUCGACAAGAACUGCAACAAUCAAGUGAUGACCUCGACCUUGUCCGUAUCUAGCGUGUCUCCGAGCACGUGCAAGCCCGGUAUGAUCCUCGCUAGAUCCUCAGAACUGCUAUCGCGAAGCAUUCAAAGCAACGGCGACUGCACGAGCCUCUUCAGAUCAUGGAAAUCUCUCUGCGCUAUGCCAUUCAUUAACAUUCCUUCGGUGUCAGUGGAGACGCAUCCGUUCUCAGGUCUUAUCACUAGCCAAGUUCAGUGUAGCAACUGUUUCUGGAAGUCUUCAGUGCGUUACGAUAAGCUGGAGACUUUAUCGUUACCAUUACCGCCGUUCACCUCGUCGUUCGUGUCGCAGCAUCACACUUUGGAGCGGCUGUUGUCGCGUUUUGUAGACAGCGAAAUUGUGCGCGACGUGCAUUGCGAAGGAUGCUCGUCACGUUGCACCGCCAUCAAAACACUUACCCUCGGCAAACUGCCCAAGUGUUUAUGCUUACACAUUCCGAGGACCACGUGGAGCUCCUCGGGCGUGCCAAUUAAAAGGGACGAUCAGAUCACUUUCCCGGAAUUUCUGGUGCUCGAUCCCUACACUUAUACGGAGACAAAAAAGAGAAGCGCGCAGGGUGACGCGGCGUUUCCUGGUAAUAGUUUCAUGACGAUACAGGGUAAGCACAAGUACCGGUUGUGCGCGGUAAUCGAGCACCGCGGCCCGGUGGACUCCGGCCACUUCGUUUGCUUCAGACGCGGAAACAAAGCGGAUCAAUGGCUGUACACAUCCGACGUCAUUGUCGAGAGCGUGUCGUUGACGCAGGUGCUGCUUGCCAGUCCGUACCUGCUCUUCUACGAGCGCGUCAACAGCGUCUAUCCUAGCUAGGAACAAAUUUGCGAAGGUGAUAGGCAAUCUAUAGGAAUUACUAAAUAACGCGUCGAUUGAUAACCGGACCGCUCUUUUUAGCCAUGCUUUCUCUCUUAUGCUUUCGACAUUUCGAAGCAGAGCGAUUACGUAUGCAGCAAUCGGAAAUCGUACUGAAGAAUAGAAUUUCAAUUAUAAGCAAGCGUAGAAAACACAGCUAGAAAGAACGAUGCGAAAAAACAAGAGACUGUCGAAUUUUCCAUAAUGAAUAUCGUUCGAUGUUGCGCGAUAAUACUUUGUUAUAAUAUACGACUAUGAAGCGUGUGUCUCUAGGUGAUAUUUUAUAGCAGCAGCGAAAUAUAUCGAGUAUAUAUGUAUAUGUAUAAUCUAAAAUUCAGAAAUAUUUAAUUCGCGACGGAUGCGUUAAUAAUUGCCACUAUUAAACGCUGACAAAUCUGCCGGACGUUAGUUUCGGGAAAAUUUCUUGCUUCUAUAACACAUAGCGAUAGUAGAUUUCUAUCAGGGGAGAUUGUCAAUUCUUAUUAUUUGAUCAGUUUGUCAUUAUAUCUUUAUUUUAACAAGGACUAAGAUUGUGCCAAUAUUCGUCGAAUUAAAUUUAUUGAAGCGAGAUAAGCGCGAGAUGAUCUUGUAUUUUUUAUUACAUUUAUAUUUGGGCCCUCUUAGAGCCCUCGUGUAUAGUGCAAUUGUUAAAAACAUUACUAUUGUCGAAGACUGCAAAUUUGUUAAUUUGUAUAUAAUCGAAGAAUCUUUUUUUCCUUUCUCUGGUUAGCAUAAAAGAAUAUGCAAAUCACCAGAAUAAAUUUACUUUAAGGAUAUUAGAUAAGUAAACAUGUAAUUUAAAGUCUUAUAAAAACAUAUUAAAAUGGAAUAAAAUUUGAAAAGCAA